UGAAUAGGAAAGAAUGUCUACAAGAUUGUGCCGGAUUUAAAAGUCAGAAAUAUUGAAGAUAUUGGUCAAGGAUAUCUAUGGGAGCAGGUUUGAUUUGUAAAACAUGUUUGCAUAAGUGAAAGGAAUUAGUUAGUGAAUAGAAUCAGAAUUAGCUGCAUGAGUGGAAGAGGUUAGUCAUGGGGGGUCAAAGAAGUCAAAGAAUAUUGGUUGAAGUGGGUAGGAUUGGUGAAAAGUUUUUAUGGGUGAGGGAGGGAUUGGUCUAGAGUGUUUGUGAAAGUGGGAGGUAUUGGUCAAGAAUGUCUAUGGUUCUAGCUGGAAUUGGUCAUGAAUGUAAAUCUUUCACCAUUAAUGUCCUAGUGAAUGAUUUGUUACUAUAAGACACAAUACGAAGAAAACAAGAACAUAAUUAUUAACCUGUUACUUGUGUUUAAUUUAGUGCACAGUUACACAACCUUAUAAUCCCUUUUGUAAUGGCUAUGGUUGUCAUAUCAUCUACCGUCACAAAUAAAGCCGAAACCUAAAAUAUGCUGCAGUGAGAAAGUGAUGUUCAUUCAUCUGGCUUACGUAGACCGUGGCUAAGCCUGUACGCGUGUGAGUGUCGCUGCACACACAGCCUCACUCUGGCAGAGGGAAUCUGCUCUUGCAGCACUUACAGUUUUGCUUCGGUCUUUGUGUGCAUGUUUGUGUGUGUUGGUGUGUGUGUGUGUGAGCGUGUGAGGAUCACACUCCAACAUGUUGUGUGGACUGCGGAGAGAAGUGAAGAACAGCUUUGAGGGAUCUGAGAGGCUCUGGUACAUACAAGAGGAACAGAAGCCGGAGUCAUGCUACAGCGAUCCGUCUAAUGUUCUCCCUCUGGGGGAGAAAAAGAAAGAGGAAGAGGGUGGUCUGUGUGUGUGUGUGUGUGUGUGUGUGUGUGUGUGUGUGUGUGUAAAGCAGUGAUGAAGUGCGUCAGAGAUUUAUGCUGAUAAUUAUCCUUGAUGUGGUACCUGAGACACCUAGUGUGAAUACUUACAAUGGGAGUGAUUUUCACUGUUCCGAUGCUGCAAAGUAUUUUUCAGUAGCUUUUGAAUACACAUUUAAAUGCUUCAAAUUAUGUUUAUUUUAUUUUGCAAGUGCACAACAUUUAAAAAACUUGCACUUGCUGACCCCAUUAUUAGGAAACACCUGCACUACUACAAGAACUCAAUAACAGCAACAGCAGCACCACUCCUUUCACCUAAGAACAAGAAUCUGAGGCUACAAUGGGUACAUUUUGAAAUGCUGGUUGUCCUCAAAGAACGGAUUCAAAGUAGAAGAGUCCGGGUCAUCCGGGACUUUACUACAUCUGGGAAGAGGAAAUGCUGCACAAUGAUGAUGGGCCUUAUUCCAAAGGCAACAAGGAAUCUACAGGGCCUGACAGUUCCCUUAUUUCCAGAAGACAGAGCAUCCCAGAGCUGCGGGGGGUGACGCUAGUGGAGCUGAUUAAGAAGGAGGGCAGCACACUGGGCCUCACCAUCUCAGGUGGAACAGACAAAGAUGGCAAACCUCGCGUCUCCAACCUCAGACCAGGAGGCCUUGCAGCCAGGAGUGACCAGCUGAACGUGGGUGACUAUAUAAAGUCAGUGAACGGCAUCAAUCUGACUAAGCUGCGUCAUGAUGAGAUCAUCAGCCUGCUGAAGAACGUGGGCGAGCGUGUUGUGCUGGAAGUGGAGUAUGAGCUGCCUCCAGCCGUACCAGACAGCACCUCAGGUGUUAUAUCGAAGACAAUCGAGAUUUGUUUACAGAAGGAAGGCAAUAGUUUUGGCUUUGUAAUGCGGGGAGGCUCUAAUGAAGACUGGCACAAGACUCGUCCACUUGUAGUUACAUACGUUCGGCCCGGAGGCCCUGCUGACAGGGAUGGCACAUUGAAGGCAGGUGAUCGGCUCCUCAGUGUGGACGGCAUGCCCUUACACAAUGCCAGCCAUAGUGAAGCUCUUACUUUGUUGGCACAGUGUGGUCAGGAAGCCAUCUUCCAAACCGAAUAUGAUGUGACCAUUAUGGAUUCAGUAACAAAUGCUUCUGGCCCACUAUUGGUGGAAAUAGCAAAGUCUCCUGGAGCGAGUUUGGGCAUCACAUUAACCUCUGCCACAUACAGGAACAAACAGGUUAUCAUCAUUGACAAGAUCAAAGCUGCCAGCGUGGUGGACAGAUCAGGAGCCUUACAUGUAGACGAUCAUAUCCUCACCAUAGAUGGAACAAGUACAGAGCAUUGCACUGUGUUGGAGGCCACUCAGCUGUUAGCCAGCACUUCAGAUGUGGCCAAGCUGGAGAUCCUGCCUGCUCAUCAAAUGCGAUUGACCAGCAAAGCUCAGGACACUGUGAAGGUCCAGAAAAGUGACCACCCUCAUUCUUGGGACCCAUGUGUGAGCUACUGCCAUUCUCAGCAUGCUACUCACUGUAAGACACCCACCUGGAUGUCCACCUCCAGCAAUGUGUCCAGCACUCAGGACUACUGCAAAUCUGUAGUCUGCACUAAUUUUUCCCCCGCCUCCACCACUACAUCAGGCAUGACGAGUCAGUCAUCCAGCACUCUGCCUCGCACUCCCCAUCCAAUGAGCCCCCGCAACUCCAUGCUCAAGAGGAGACAGAGGAAAAAAGAGCAAAAGAGCUUGUCAGCAUCUCUAGCCUCGAGUUCAGUGGGUCCUGGAGGUCAGAUAGUUCAUACAGAGUCCAGCGAGAUCACCCUAACAGGAGAUCCUCUCAGCGGCUUCGGAGUUCAGCUGCAGGGGGGAAUAUUCGCCACUGAGACACUUUCCACACCUCCAGUGAUCCGAUUUAUCGAGCCUGACAGCUCAGCUGAAAAGUGUGGGCUGCUCCAGGUUGGUGACCGGCUCUUGUCAAUCAAUGGCAUUCCCACAGAGGACGGUACGAUGGAGGAGGCCAAUCAGCUGCUGCGAGAUGCUGCUUUGACCAAUAAGGUCACACUAGAGAUUGAGUUUGAUGUCGCAGAAUCUGUAGUGCCCAGUAGUGGUACCUUUCAUGUGAAGCUCCCAAAGAAGAGAGGAGUUGAGCUUGGAAUCACGAUCAGUGCCAGUAAAAAGCCGGGCGAGCCUCUGAUCAUAUCUGACAUAAAGAAAGGAAGCAUGGCUCACAGAACAGGAACUUUGGAGCCUGGAGACAAGCUGCUGGCUAUAGACAACAUUCGACUGGAGAGCUGCUCAAUGGAAGAUGCAAUGCAGAUCCUUCAGCAGAGCGAAGACCUGGUCAAGCUCAAGAUCCGCAAGGACGAGGACAACUCUGAUGAGCAGGAGACAUCAGGCUCCAUUAUCUACACUGUGGAGUUGAAGCGCUAUGGUGGGCCACUGGGUAUAACCAUCUCAGGCACAGAGGAGCCUUUUGACCCCAUCGUCAUCUCAGGCCUCACCAAAAGAGGUCUAGCUGAAAGAACGGGGGCUAUUCAUGUUGGAGAUCGAAUCCUUGCCAUUAACAACGUGAGUCUGAAAGGCAAACCACUGAGUGAAGCCAUCCACUUACUUCAAAUGGCUGGUGAGAGCGUGACGCUAAAAAUCAAAAAGCAGAUCGAUGCAGCAGAUGAGAAGAAAAAGAACAUUAUAGAGCUCGAUAACGAGCUCAGCGAUAAUGAUGACUCGGAAAUGACGGAUUCUCAGAAGACUAGCAAGUACUCCGAGAUCUAUUCCACCACCAUACCCAGCGUUGACUCGGCCAUGGACUCAUGGGAUGGAUCUACUAUAGAUGCUAGUUAUGGGAGUCAAAGUGGCUACAUUCACCAAGUAGCAGGUAUCGCUUUACAUCCACAUGAGUGGCGCAGUGCUAAGAACAGGAACAGCACCCCCCCUCCUAGCCACCGCAAGAACUACCUGCUGAGUGACGGAGAUUUUAGUGAGGAAGAGUGGGACAAGCAUGCUGGAUUUGCCAGCCAGACUCCUGCAGAUGGCAUCAUGCUGGACCACGAGGACAACUUCUGGUGCCAGGCCUUGGAGGACUUGGAGACGUGUGGGCAGUCAGAACUGCUCCGUGAGAUUGAGGCCUCCAUAAUGACUGGCAGCACUGUAAGUUUGGGAGUAGAGAGCACCAAGUACCACAGUGAAUCAGGGAGCCAGGCCAACAUCAGCCCUCUGCGAAAGAGCGCUCAUCUUCGCAACGAGGCCAAGAGUAAGAGCACGCUACGCAUGUCGGAGAAGACCUGGGAAUCGAGGAGGAUAAAGGAGGAGAUGCAAGAAAUCCUGUCACCCACCCCUCUAGAGCUGCACAAGGUGACAGUGAUUAAGGAUCCAGAAAGAGAUGAUUUUGGCUUCAGUGUGUCAGAUGGUUUCUUGGAGAAAGGCGUCUACGUGAACGUGAUCCGGCCCGAGGGUCCAGCAGACCGUGCAGGACUCAGGCCGUAUGAUAGGAUCCUCCAGGUCAAUCAUGUGCGAACACGAGAUUUUGACUGCUGCUUGGCCGUGCCUCUUAUCACAGAAGCUGGAGAUAAACUGGAACUGGUUAUUAGCAGGAACCCAUUAGCUCAGUCUGGUGUUGCUCAGCCACUUGACUGCCAUUCACUCUCAGCUCCUUUAACUCACAGCCGAGAGCACAGCAACAGCACCAUGGACCUGUGACAGCACACAUACCUGGGGAUCAUACUCUGGAAGGACCAAUACGAACUGCUGGACAUGUCAUUCAACAAGAUCUUGAAUCCUGCAUCAUAGGUUGAACAAAUUGGAUUUUGUUUUUUAGUGAAACCAUAAGCAAUGGAUCUGUGUUUUUGUUUUUUAUUUCUUCAAUACUGAACUGUGAUUAUAGUUGAACAGGAAGUGUGAACACGCUACUAGACCCUGUCCAACACUUACAGAGUUUUCUUGUUUUCACUUUAAACAAAGAGCUGCUUCUUGUCAAGCAGCAUCAGAAAGGAAAUGAUCCUGGAUCAAGGUCAAAUGUUACGCCAUUGUGUAUGGUGUACACAUUUACAGUCUUUUUUAUGAUGUCUUACUUCAGAAAAAAACACACCAUUUAUAACAUUUUCAUAAAAACCUGUGUUUUUCAAGCCAGAGGGUGUCACCAUGAGUACUUCGGUUAAGCAAAAUAAACAGCCAAACAGCCCUAGAACUGGCCCUGCUUAGUCACAUGCUCAGUCAGUCUCUCUCUCACACACACUCUCUUGCUGUGAUUCCUUUCACUGCACAAUUAUACACUAGAAAAAAUGAAAACAGAAAAUAAUUCACAAAAUAAGUGCUUGCUGCAGUCAGCAGUAGAAAUUGACACCUAAGAACAGUGGCAGGACACAAUAUUGACACUCUUUUAUUUGACAAAGGCAGUACAGUCUUUACGUUUUGUUUGUAAAGAAAGACAAAGUCAUCUCUAACCUCACACAACCUCCUCAAGCAGUCAUGUGAAGGCAAAAAAAAUCCCCACAACCCUCUUAUACUCAACAAACAGUCAUAAAACCUGUAUUCAGCAAAAAGAAAGAAGGACUUUGCACAUACACACACGCAUGCCAAGCCAUGCCAGUGUUUGCACUUAGAUUUGAUUCUUGGAAUGGUUUUAUGCUCGCUUUUAUAUGGUUCUAUAAUUCUGUUCUCCCACUUAAACUUUUCCACAAUUUUAUGUGGUGUUACAAUCUAGAAUUAAAGUAAACUUACCUGGACUUUUAAAAAAUUUAUUUACACAACUUUAUUUAAAAAACAAUAUUAAGACACAAAUUAUAACACAUCUUCUUGAGUAAACUAACUUUGUUUCCAUGCAAAUUUUUGUUGUCAUGCAAAUUGCGCUUCAAAUGAGGCCAUUUGAACAUAUUUAGUAGGUUCUGGAUUUUAACCAUUCCAGUCUUGAUUUGGCUUUGAGUGUCUUUGCUCAGUGACCUGUUGGCCAGUGAACCUCCACCCCAGUUUCAUGGGUUGCCCUGCAUUUGACUCCAUCUAUCUAGUCCAUCUAUCAAUUAUUGCUAAUAUAUGCAUUGUUUCCCAAUCCCUUCUGAUUAAAAGCCUCUCCACAAUAUGACGUUACCACCACAGUGCUUCAAAUUGAACAUGUUUUGGCCUCACUCUGAAGAGCACCGUUUGGUUUUCCCUAACACAGCGCUUUGUGUCAAGACCUAGAAGUUCAGAUUUGGUCUUAUCAUUGUCUCAGAGUCUCCAUUCCAAAAUAGGAGCUAAUAUGGAUUACCAAUCUUCCAUAAAGUUUAACUUUUGUGCACUGUUCAGGUUGUGGCUGAUUUGUGAACAGCUCUUAGCUGUGAAUUCUUAACUCCUUAGUUACUUUUCUGACUAAUUCCAUCUUAAUUUGUUCACUGAAUAUUGGUGGAUUGGUGUACCAAUGGGUAUAAUGGAUAUAAUAGAUAAAAUCCAGGACCUUGGUAUUCUUGAUUAGGUUUGUUUAUAUUUAGUCUUUCAAAAACUCUGGCCUUCUAGGAACAGAUCUUUGUUUUUAUCCUAUUUAAAUUAUUACAUGAUAACUGAUGACAACUGGUUGUACCAGAACUUAUUUGGGGAUUUUCCAGAAAUAGGAUAAAUACUUCUACAUUUUUAUCUGUAAACAAUUUUGCAAACUAUAUAAACCUACUUCAAUAUUAUGAGCUCUCUCCUAUAAAUUCAUGACAAUUCCAAAUAAAUUCAUUCGAGUUUCAGGUUGUAAUACUGUAACCAUUACAAUGCAUCUACACCAUUUGCCACGUGUGUUUAGGACUCAAGGGCACAUUUCUUCCUUUCACAAUGGGCUUUAUGAGCAGGCCAUGAUAUAGCAAAUGCUAAAGCUUGCCAAAUAUUUUAGACAUUAUGUUCAAGUUAUUUUUAUCUCACCUUCCUGAAAACGUCUCAUAAAUCUGAGUGUAGGCAAGUGACAUUUAGAAAGAUUAAACCUCAGGGUUUAGACUGAAUGGGAUUCUGUUUGGUUCUAUGUUGUCUAUAAAGAAAGUCAGACAAUGCUAAAUGGUUUGGUGUAGAGGUAAAAAGGAUUAAGAUUUAGCAGUGUGUGCAUUUAAAAAAAAUCUUUCUAUUCCAUACACCAACCUUUAGUUUAAGCAAAAUAAAAUUGGAAGAUUACACAAAAGAUCCAAGAAGCCAAAUGCAUUUUGGGCAGAACUUCUAUACUGCUCAUUUGCCCAUACAAUCAUGCCAUUCCUUACGUGAACUGAAUGUAGACUCUUAAAUUACUCCAGUUGCCAUAACGGUUUAUUUUCUGAGUAUUCGUUGGAAUUGUUUCCUGCUUUCUAUUGCAGUACUAAUGACCAUCCUGGAAAGCACAAGCAAGAUCUAUUUCUAAUAAAACUGAAAGCACUCAUUGUUCUCAGAGGCUCUAGUGAAUUCACAUUGGAACAAUCCUUUGCUCUGUGCUCUACUGUCCCACCCGAUGUCACUCCCUCAUUUGCUCUUAAAACAUAUUGUUGAUGGGCGAGGUUUCAUCUUCACAUACAUUCACAACUAAAGAGCCUCAUAUUAAAAAAUGCCUUGCUUAGGCUUUACUAAGACCACUGUUUAGACAUCAUUUUAACCUUUUCUCAUUUUGGUAUUGUUUUCAUGUAAGUAUUACGUGUGAUGUUUUGUCCCAAAGCUCAAAAAAAAGUUUUAAAAAAUGAAAAUACAUUUUAUACAUGCAAUAUUUAAGCCCCAAAGGGAGGCUUUGAAAAUUUUACAAAAGCUUUAUAAAGCUCUAAUUGUGUUCAUCCCUAUGCAUUUUUUUGAUUCUAAAUUAAUGUAUGCAUUGCUAUUGUGUAUUUUUAAAGUGUGUAAUAUUGAAAGUUCUAUUCUCUGUAUAGUAUUUUUAUAUGAGCCUCUUCCCCAUUGUUCCUCUGAGUGGAGUUCCAAGCACAAUGGUUAAAGAGAAUUGAAAUCCGGGUUUAUUUUGGUUUGGAUGCAUACGUAUGAUAAUAAUCCUUGUCAAAGACUGUGCUGGUGACACCAUUUUUAAUGAAAUUAAUAAAAAAAAGAGUCAUAACUA